GGGCGGGAAGAAAGGAGUACACUUCCGGUGCCCUUUCUCCCGCGAGUGCCUCCUGCCCUGGACCCUCGUGUGAAGGGUGUGAUCCCUAAAGUGGAGUAGGGUAGAGGCGGGCCGGCACCCACUUCUGGCCUCUGGUGCCGCCAGCCUCACCAUCGGACAUGGCCCAGAACUUGAAAGACUUAGCGGGACGCCUGCCCUCCGGGCCCCGCGGCAUGGGCACGGCGCUGAAGCUGCUGCUGGGGGCCGGCGCCGUAGCCUACGGCGUUCGCGAGUCCGUGUUCACCGUGGAAGGCGGGCACAGGGCCAUUUUCUUUAAUCGGAUCGGUGGCGUGCAGCAGGACACCAUUCUGGCUGAGGGCCUCCACUUCAGGAUCCCUUGGUUCCAGUACCCUAUCAUCUAUGACAUUCGGGCCAGACCCCGAAAAAUUUCCUCCCCCACAGGCUCCAAAGACCUACAGAUGGUGAACAUCUCCCUGCGGGUGCUGUCUCGACCCAAUGCCCAGGAGCUUCCCAGCAUGUACCAGCGCCUAGGGCUUGACUACGAGGAGCGAGUGUUGCCAUCCAUUGUCAACGAGGUGCUCAAGAGUGUGGUGGCCAAGUUCAACGCCUCACAGCUGAUCACCCAGCGGGCCCAGGUGUCCCUCUUGAUCCGACGGGAACUGACAGAGAGGGCCAAGGACUUCAGCCUUAUCCUGGACGACGUUGCCAUCACAGAGCUCAGCUUUAGCCGCGAGUACACAGCUGCUGUAGAAGCCAAACAAGUGGCCCAGCAGGAGGCCCAGCGGGCCCAGUUCUUGGUGGAAAAAGCAAAGCAGGAACAGCGGCAGAAGAUAGUGCAGGCCGAGGGAGAGGCAGAGGCCGCCAGGAUGCUUGGAGAAGCACUGGGCAAGAACCCUGGCUACAUCAAGCUGCGCAAGAUCCGAGCAGCUCAGAACAUCUCCAAGACGAUUGCCACAUCCCAGAAUCGUAUCUAUCUCACUGCUGACAACCUUGUGCUAAACCUACAGGAUGAAAGUUUCACCCGGUGAGAGACGUGACCUACAGUGGUUCAUCACAAACGACAGGGCCUGGGUCUGGUCACGGGCUCUGGAGCCUGUCACCAGUUUGUUUGCUUGACCCUGGAAAGACAUGUUUCUCUGAACCAAGGUUUUUUAAAGUGGGUGGUUGACAAUUCCUAACUUGAAUCUCACAGGAUUAAUUUUAUAAGAUAAAAUAGGAUUAUUCAGAUAAAAAAGCAUUUAAAUAGUAAAGUUUUGUCUAACUGAAAAGUGAAAGAUGAUAGUGUACUCAGGAGCCCUAAAAUUGCUGCCCUGGGGCCAUGGAAGGAUGCUAGGAAAGGAGUGGUGGGAACUGGCAGUGGCUAAGCAAACCAAAGGCUAAAAUCCUGGCUUUCCAACCCAUUUGUUUCUCUCUUGGGAGUAAAGGAGGUUUGAGGGCUGGGUGGGGCCUGAAGCUGUCAAUCACAUGUGCGCUUCUCUUUUCUUCCUGUUUGCUGUUCACCUGGCCGCCUGGCGCCCACAGGGGCAGGUAAGGUUGAUGCAUGUUUACUUCCAUGGGGUCUUGCAGUUCAUCUCCAAGUACCUGCCUCCUCUCCCCCACACAAACCGGCAGUCUGGGAAGAGAGCUGAGGAGGGAGUUCCUGAGCUGCUCUGCUUCUGAUUUGUGUCCCCUAAUGUCAUCACUUCGUCUCAAUUCUACAGUGACAGCCUUAUCAAGAGCAAGAAAUGAGCCUGGUGACCAAGAACUCCACCCCCAGAGAAGUGGAUCUCUUUUCUCCCCUGGUUUUUGAGGAGCCAGCCUGAGCCUGGAGUCCGGCACACCCCCACCCCAUCCCCAGCGUCAUGUGAUGGCCCCUCUGCGUCAGUCCUCCCAACCCUGCUAGGAUGAAUGAAGACUAACUGAUUUUCAGGGGAAUGCCUUUCUUCCUCCCCGUGUUGGCCAGGGUUAUUGGGACCGUGUGUAAUUUCUAAGUGAUUUCCUGCAGUGCUGGUUCCUCCCUCUUUGGGAGGCAGUAGCCACCAUCCCCGGGAUUCUCAAUAAAUUUUUAUUACUCAAGCUUAAA